AUGUCUGGCUCGCAGGCAGGCUCGAAGUCAGCCUCGAAAGCAGGACUCAGCCUAUCAAGUAUACCGCAACGGCAGGGCCUGGGGUCUACGUUUGUCCAACCUGGGGACAUCCUAUGGUGCGAAUUUGUCUACACCACGGGCUGCAAGAUGAGGUUCGCAGGACGGGAUUGCGACGCCUGGGCUGAGCACAUCCACGAAGACAUAGGCGACAAGCUACCCAGCCAAUUGUUGUGCUGGUUCUGCGAUACGUUAUUUGACGCCCGGGACUGCCCGAGGGAUGACCCGGAGCAGAAUUUCACGAAUCGAAUGCGCCACAUCCUGGAAGACCAUAUCCUAGGGAGGUUCGCCACCGAGAAGACUAUGAAACCCGACGGCUUUACGAUCAAGCGGGCGUACAAGAACGGCAAGAUGAGCAAGGCUGAUUUCGAGGCCGGGAUGGCCGCGGAGCUUCCCCCGGCGCUCCGAUAUCCCGGCUGGGAGGAGGCGUAUGGUGAGGUCGAUCCACCGAACGAGGAGCGAGAUCUUGUUGCCGUCGACACUGCGAAGGAGGACCGUGAUCGACGCCGAGAAGAGAGGGACCGGAAAGGGAAAGGAAAAGAACGCGCCAAGUAA